GAAAAAGAAAAGAAACGAAAACUUGUUUACGAGAGAAUGUGAAAGAUUUCUCAUCUUUCCCUUUAUUUUUGUUUCCCUUUCUUCGUCUUCGUUUUUCUUUUUCGACUUCACUGCUACAACCGGGAAAGACCCACCUUUCUUCUUCUUCAUUUAGCAAAUGUCCGGCUCAGGGCUUUCUUUCUUUUAAAUCCGUUGGAUUUUGCGAUUAGAAAAGACCAUGGCAAGUGAAUGUUCGGACGAAGGCUCCGAUCAACAGAGCGAGCGGUGCGGGAGCUACAGUUUGAGCGCUGACGUCAGCGAGUCCGAGAGUUGCAGCAGCUUCUCGUGUCGGCGUUUCGAUGGAGAGGGCUGUUCGAGUUCGAUGACGUCGUCCCCGAGGUUAAUGGCUGCCGGAGGGCUCGGUUUUCAGGUGCCGGUGAUUGGUGGGAAGGAUGUCGUGAUUUGGGACGACGAUGACGAGAAGACUGAGAAACGUGACGCAGAUUUGUCCGGAGCUGAGAUGAUGAAGGAGAGAUUUGCUAAGCUUCUUUUAGGAGAAGACAUGUCUGGAGGUGGAAAAGGAGUUUGUACUGCACUCGCCAUUUCGAAUGCGAUCACGAAUCUCUCCGCCACCGUGUUCGGUGAGCUAUGGAGAUUAGAGCCAUUAGCACCGCAGAAGAAGGCAAUGUGGAGGAGGGAAAUGGAGUGGCUCUUGUGUGUGAGCGAUUCAAUCGUUGAACUUGUACCAUCAAUACAACAAUUCCCCGGGGGAGGAACUUAUGAAGUCAUGGUGACAAGGCCAAGGUCGGAUUUGUACAUAAGCCUUCCAGCCCUUAAGAAGCUUGAUGCGAUUUUGAUUUCCAUGCUUGACGGGUUUCGUGAGGCGGAGUUUUGGUAUGUUGAUCGCGGGAUAGUUGUGGGUGAUGGUGGGGACUCUGGUGCUUAUUCUUCAUCUGUUUCUGGAGGGAGGCCCUCGAUUAGGCAGGAAGAGAAGUGGUGGUUGCCAUGUCCGAAAGUGCCCCCUAAUGGUUUGUCGGAGGAUACAAGGAAGAAGUUGCAACAAUGUAGGGAUAGCACAAACCAAAUACUAAAGGCAGCCAUGGCGAUUAAUAACAGUGUGCUCUCCGAGAUGGAGAUACCUACUGCUUACUUGGAGACGUUACCAAAGAAUGGAAAAGCUUGUCUGGGAGACAUUAUCUACCGCUACAUAACAGCGGACCUGUUCUCACCCGAAUGUCUCCUCGAUUGCCUUGAUCUGUCAUCCGAACAUCACACUCUGGAAACAGCCAACAGGAUCGAGGCGGCAGUACACGUUUGGAAGCAGAAAGAUCAGAGGAAACACAUGAAUCACAAGAAAGGUAGGCGCUCUUCAUGGGGAGGAAAGGUCAAAGGCCUUGUGUCUGACAGUGAAAAGAGUAACUUUCUAUCUCAAAGAGCUGAGACCCUCUUACAUAGCUUGAGGGUUCGUUUUCCCGGCCUUCCGCAGACGGCUUUGGAUAUGAACAAAAUUCUAUAUAAUAAGGACGUUGGGCAAUCGAUUCUUGAAAGCUACUCAAGGGUGAUGGAGAGUUUGGCCUUCAACAUUAUGGCAAGGAUAGAUGAUGUCCUAUAUGUUGAUGAUGCUGUCAAGCAUUGUGCUGAAGCCGAAUCGAUCUCCCUUUUCAGCAGGGGCAGCUUAAGCAGUCGUCCCAUACAGAGGCGAAUGUCUCCGAGUCCCUUUUCGAUUCAGCACACUCCUUAUGCAUCUCCUUUCGCAACACCGACCUUUUCUUCGACUCCAAUUACCGGUAGUCCAGGAAGGGCAGCCUCUAUGAAGAGAAAUGGUAUCAAGGAAGAACCUGACUGGAAACACGAGAAACCGUAUGCGGCCGAGUUUGAGAAGGUGUGGUCGUAUACAGGCAACCUCAGCGCAAGAAGGGUUUCGGAAAAUGCUCCCGAGAGAGACUGAAAUCAAAGAUUCAUAAUCAUAUGUAAGAUAAAGUACGAUGAAUAGUAGAGAAAGAAGUUAGUUUCAUUGGGUGUCUGAAUAUGGGUAAAUCUAGUAUUUGUAUAUUUCUUUGCA